AUGAAGUCUCGAUUCGCUGUGCGACACAGCAAAGAUGGGGCGUUUGUUGAGAUGGGUUUGGAUUCUGCCGUUGACUUGUCUUUGCAACCUUCUGUUAAUCCAGUAUCCGAGCUAAACCUCCUGGAUCUGUUCCCAAUCAAGACGACCGGAGUUCCCGGGGUGGCUGUGGUGCAAGAAGACGGCUCCAGCCUAUUCGGCGAAACCUACGAGUUCGACGGUCGCCUGCGAUACAGCGCGCUCAUCGCGGACGAAGUGCAUCUCAAGACCCUGGCGCAAGAGCUCAGGCACCGGGACGAUGUGUUCUUUGUGGCUCGGGUGAAGCUCACGGCUGGCGUGCAGAGCGUGCUGACCGGCGUGUACUCAGUCAACAGCGUACUGCCUUGCAUUGAGAUCUUGUUUGACGGCACGAGCGAGGCCGGUGGCAAGGUGACGUUCAGUUACAUGGCAUCAGACGAAAGUCACACAAUGGAGUUCCCAGGUGUCAAAAUAAUGGACGGCAAUUGGCACACCUUCAUCUUGCACCUGGGCAAGCUUCAAGAGUCCAACAAUGAGGUCGCUCUUUACGUCAACUGUGACCCCAUCGGCAAACCGCAGGUCAUCACCAGCCGGCUGGGCAGGACGUUCAACAAGAAGGCCUUGAAUCUGGCGCAGAUGAGGGUCGGCCAAAGUGGGCUCAUCACCUCACCGAAACCUCUUAUGGGUAAAGUGCAAGGCCUGAAGAUAUUGUUUGGUGGUAGUCUGGAGGAAGCGUUGGGAUCCAUGGGCUGCCAACCGCUGGACGAGCGUGAACGGGACGGCGUUGCUUCAGGAACGUUGGUCCUAAUGGACUCGUUGAGUUCCCUCGUUGACGCCAUCUACAUUCUGCAAAAUGAGCUCAGCGAACAGACAAAGGAAAUCGCUCGUCUGCGUGGGAUAAUGCAAAACUGCGCCAUGUGUCGUAAUGACGACAUAGGUCCUCCCCAGAAAAUUGAGAGUUGCGGGACUGGCCCCUGCUUCCCUACCGUGCGAUGCACCGAUACCCCCACCGGCUACACCUGCGGAUCAUGCCCCAACGGCUUCCAAGGGAACGGAACGCACUGUACGGACAUAAACGAGUGUGUGCUGGCCAGUCCCUGCUCACCGGUGGCCCAGUGCGUCAACCUCGUUCCCGGGUUUCGAUGCACACCGUGCCCGACUGGUUUCACCGGAGUAGGAGUUGAAGGAGUCGGCCUAGAGGCUGCUAGGCGAACCAGACAGUUUUGCCGAGAUAUCAAUGAAUGCAACAUCAAUAACGGUCAGUGUGUCGCCAAUUCCCGAUGCAUUAACACUCGUGGAUCGUAUUUCUGUGGUGAGUGUUUGAAUGGUUUCCGUGGCAACCAGACGGUGGGAUGCGCGAGGAAACGACUGUGCCCCGAUGGCACGACCUUCUCGUGUCACGAUCGCGCGGAAUGCAAGAUACAACGAAAUGGCCAGAAAUAUUGCGAGUGUGACGUAGGGUGGGCUGGCAAUGGAUACAUCUGCGGACUCGACACAGAUCUGGACGGAUACCCUGACGUCAAACAACCUUGCAUGGAUAAACACUGCAUGAAGGAUAACUGCGUGCGGAUCCCGAACAGCGGCCAAGAAGACGUAGAUGGGGACAGUGUCGGCGAUAUAUGUGACCCGGAUGCUGACGGUGAUGGCGUGCUCAACACACCCGACAACUGCCCGUUGGUCGGCAAUCCGAAACAAGAAGAGGAAACGGACAUGGAUAAGAUUGGCACUCAGUGCGACAACUGCCCGAGGGUGUUCAACCCCAAACAGAUCGACACGGACAGGGAUGGCACUGGCGACGCUUGCGACGACGACAUCGACAAUGACGGUAUACCUAAUGCGGCAGAUAACUGUGUGUUCAAGCAGAAUCCCUAUCAGUGGGAUACCGACGAUGAUGGCUGGGGAGAUGAAUGCGACAAUUGCAGAUACAUCUUCAAUCCAAGCCAGAGUGAUAAGGACGAUGAUUUACUGGGAGAUGAGUGCGACACGAACAUCGACACUGAUAACGAUGGAAUUCAGGAUAACGAGGAUAAUUGCCCAUACGUGGCCAACAACCCGCAACUCGACUCGGAUCAAGAUGGACUCGGGGAUGAGUGUGAUGACGACGAUGACAACGACCGUGUUCCCGAUGACACAGAUAAUUGUCGUCUGGUGUUCAACCCGGAUCAAGCAGAUUCUAAUGGGGACGGUUUUGGGGACGAGUGCGACGACGACUUUGACAUUGAUGGCGUGCCUGAUAACGAGGACUCGUGUCCAGAGGACGCCGCCAUUCAGCGUACGGACUUCAGGUCCUUCCAAACCAUCGUGCUCGAUCCCGAAGGCGACUCGCAAGUCGAUCCCAAGUGGGUUGUGUUUGAUGAGGGUAAACAAAUCAUGCAGACCAUUAACAGUGACCCGGGCCUGGCGGUCUCGUACCAAGCCUUCGACGGAGUGGACUUCGAAGGAACCUUUUUCGUCAACACGAACACCGACGACGAUUACGCUGGCUUCGUCUUUGGCUACCAGGACUCGGCCAGCUUCUACACGCUGAUGUGGAAGCAAGGCCUGCAGACGUACUGGGAGGCCACGCCCUUCAGAGCCGUAGCCGAACCCGGCUUUCAACUCAAGGUGGUCAAGUCUGAGACCGGUCCUGGCGAGAUGAUGCGAAAUGCACUGUGGCAUACAGGGAACACGACCAACCAGGUAAAACUCCUGUGGCAGGAUCCCCUGAAAGACGGCUGGAAAGACAACCAGGCGUAUCGCUGGUUUGUGCAGCACAGACCCGCGAUUGGCCUUAUAAGGGUGCAACUUUAUGAAGGCGACUUAAUGGUAGCGGACUCGGGCUAUCUGAUUGAUACCACGCUGCGUGGGGGGCGACUUGGUCUGUUCUGCUUCUCACAAGAAAGCAUCAUAUGGGCUAGAUUGUCAUACAAAUGCAACAAAGAGAUCCCGGCAGAGUUUAGAGGGCGAGGCUUCAACGCACAAGGGGUCAACAGUGGAUGAAUCAGUCAUGUGUAUAUAGCAUAUACAGGGAGAGGACUUUUGAAAACAAAAUGGCGUCCCAAUUAUCGUUUUGACGUGGAUUUUAUGGCAUGGCGCGUUGCAUCCCGGAUGUAGCCGUCAAUGAAAGUCUUUCCACGUUUUUUUUUUAAACUGCCAUAACAGCUGAGGCCUAUUUAAUUUUUUUGAACACUAACGGUUUGUUGUUUCUUUUCCAUAUUUAUGUAAGAUAUCAAUUUCGAGUCUUCAAGACAGUUGCCGAUUUAAUGAAAGAUAUGUACAUUUGCAAGCUGCACUAUAGUAGUUCUAGUUUCACCAGCAUCCUAAAAAUCUUUGUUUUGGGGUUCGAAAUUACAAUGUUGACGUCGCAGUGUUUUGACACCAAACAAAUUCUGUUGGGUCGUUUGUUUGUUUCUAAUUCCAAGUCAUACUGUCAAGCCUUAAAUGAAUAGUUAUAAACACACAUACAUUGUGUUAAUUGACAAAAGACAAGAGCUUUCUUAGUUUCCGUGAACUUGCCGAAAUAGGAAUUUUGAAACGUUUCCUUGUUGAACGUUUUGUUUGGAAACUUGCUAUUCUUGUCUUCUUGGUGGUUGAAUUAAACAUCUUCAUGACCUUUGCUUUUGCGAGAAGUUCCACUAUAAAUUAACAUACGAAUUUCGAAUCUCAAACAAAGACUUUGUUCCGCUAGUGCCUAUAGCCAUACCGUAUGUACCUUAGUUAAAAAAUAGCCAUGGAAUCGAGGUUAUACAUCCAUGUCUCACGAAAAGAAAACUAUGACUAAGACAAAGCUAAAACCAGUUUCAUGUACAGCUUUGUCCCACAAAGAACAUAACAGUCGAAAACCAAUUAAUAUUGCAUGUGAUUUUUUUAAUAUUUUCCAAUUACCUCUUAAAGUCAGAUAACCAAUCUACCACACAAAUUUAAUUUCAUUCAAAUCGAUGCAUUGGAACAAACGCUCUGCUUCAUCGAACUCAAGGGUUGAAAAUCGUCUUGGGUCGCUUUCCUUGAAAGUGAGAAAGCGCAGUUAGAGAAAUACACAUGGGUCAAAAGUGGUAGUGCAGCUUAUCUGUUUAUCACUUGGACAAAGUUUUUUUGGAAGACCAGGAUGAUGUUAUGUAAAAAAAGUGGCCCAAGUGGUUUUUCAAGUCCCGUAUGGUGAUUGCUGUAUGUUUUGAACAAAACAUCCUGAAACCAACUAAAAAGCAUUUGAAAGACAAAUUAUUCUACUCAGCAAUACAUGAGACAUAAUACCCCACUUUUCUGAAAACAUGCCCGAUUCGACUGUUAGGUUUUUUUGUGGGAUGACCUUGUAACAAUGAAAUGAGUGUUCAGGUUUUCAAUUCGUUACUGAGGCUUUACUUCUAAAUUGGACACACUGUGCAAAACAUACGGCAUGUUAAAAGUUUGCGAUAAACAGGUUUAGGCCUAAUAGUUUUGUUUUUAUUUUGUCAACAAAAUUUAAUGUUAUAGGCCUGCAGUACCAGAUCAUUUUAUUGUAACUGAAUUAAUUCAAGUACGUGAGGCGGUGGAAGAUUUUUUGUGGAUGCUGUCUGGUUUGUGCAAUGAUAUAAUUGAGUGAGUCAACCGCUUCACAAAAUGAUUAAAAUUAUGGUUAUAAGUUAAUUUUUGUUUUUGUAAAAUAACGAUACACUGCAAAAAACUGUACUGUUAAUUUAACACCAUUCGGUAUCUAUAUAUACACCAGUAAAAUUUUACACCAAAUGGUCCUAUAUAGAUACCAAUGGUGUAAAUUUAACACUGUAGUUUUUGCAGUGUAUGCAUAGUUUUAAGUGGAUAGCUGUACAAAACGCAUAGUGUAUAGAAUAUUUAAUUUAACAAAUAUAUACCUGUGUGUGCUGAAACUUUCUUUUCUUAAUCAGUGACACAGAAACUGAAUUGAGUGCCUUUUUAUUAUGAGAUAUUCAUAGGAUCUGACCAAAAGAAGUUAUAGGUUAGUUGACCAAAGAGAAUAUAUCUUUUUGUUAGCUGAAUUACCCUUUAUAGGUCACUUUUUCUGUACAGGCAAAUGCAGUACAAACAUUAACUUUGAAAAAAAGUAUCAGCACAAACCUUUUACCCGGCCUCCGGGUUAGUUUUAUGAUUUGUUCAACCUCAACAUGUUUAUUAUAAAAAGAUAGACCUAUUGUCCCAAAAUAUUAUGAAUUAAAUUAAUGACACUGCAUUUACAAGUCGAUAUUUACCCGUUUCAGUUCAUUAGCAAAGUCUUGGUUAACGGUUUUUAAUUGUUAAUAUAUUUGAUUUCCUGUAUUACACCUUUACUUGUUUUUUUUCUUUAAAAUAUUUGCCUGGUUACCGAACAUUUUCAGCGUAUACAAUUUCUAGUGUAAUUACUUCGCCGGUAAUGUUCAGCUCCAACCAUGUUUAGUUUGCAAACGAAGUUAACAACAUGCUGACUACGAUGUCUCUAAACAGCAGCAGCAAAUACGGGGACAAUAGUUCGACAGUCUGUUAUGACCUUGCAAGUUAAAUCACAGAAAGAAAUCACCUGAAUCGUAAUUGAUUUCCAUAUUUGAUUUGAUGUAUGUGACUUAUUUGAUGUCAUAAUUAUAAUGAUGAAUUCUAACCUCAAAUUUAUAUUAGGUUGUCUUGCCAGAGACACAUCCAUUUUCCAAAUGACAGCUUCGUCGUCCGAUUUUGUUGGCUUCAUGGUACCCGGGGCCCAGAAACAUUUUUGUGUGUAAAGUGUUAGUUUUUUGGCCUACAAAAUUAUGGAACCACUUCAACCAAAACAACCCCCCCCCCCAAAAAAAAAAACACCCCAAACAACCCAUUGAAUUCUCAUUGAUUUUCCACUAUUUGAAGAAAGUAAAGCUAAUGGAGCUGACUUCUUUUUUGACCAGGACAUUAAAUUAAACACCCUUAGCUGAUGAUGAAGCCAUGGAUUUAAUAGAGAAGUAUCUCCCACAUAUAUUGAAUCUUAAAGUUCAAUUUGGCAAUAAGAGGUUUCCCAUUCCCAGUCAUUAUGUCUCCCAUUUUACCAUCUGGGAUGAGCCCUGUUAUUAUUGGAUAAUAUAAGUUUCUUAUUUGUCCCCUCCCAAAUGAUAAACAUAAACGUACUAGACUUUGUACUCGGCUGUAUGAAUUAAAUAAUACGUCAAACGUUUUCUCCGA